AUGAUCUUUCAAUCUCUACAUCUUACCCUCUUAUCAUUCCUUCUUUUUUCUCUUUCUGUGUCAUUCUUUUUUAUCUCUCUCUCUCAUUCCUUUCUUUUUUCUUUCUCACUACUUUCAUAUCAUUCCUUCUUCUUUCUCUUUCUGUGUCAUUCCCUUUUCUUUCUUUCUCUCUCUCUGUUACUCCUCCUUUUUUCUCUCUCUCUGUUACUUCUUCCUUUUCUCUCUCUCUGUUACUCCAUCUGUCACUCUCUUUCUCUCCAUCUUUCUCCCUCCUUCCUUUCUCACUUCAUCUUUCUCACUCUAUCGAUCCUUCUCUUUUUUUUCUCUCACUCCUGCCAUCUUUUUCACUCCAUUAGUCCCUCUCUUCUUUCUCUCUCCAUCACUCCCUCCAUUCUCCCUAUCCAUCAGUCCCUCUCUCUCCCUCCUUUUUCUCUCUCUCUCGCACACUCUUUCCAUCUUUUCUCUCACUCCAUCAGUCCCUCUCUUUUAUCACUUUCUCUAUCUCUCUCACUCCCUCUCUUUCUCCCUCCCACUUCAUCAGUCCCUCACUUUUCUCUUUCCAUGUCACUCUUUCUUCUCCCCAUUUCUCCAUGUAAGCAUUAUCUUCUCUAG